AUGGCAAGCAAGGACUUGCUGAAUGGGAGCCACCGUGGUAUGGUGAAGCGUAUAGUUGACGCAUUGGAUAGGGAGGAGAAGGGCUAUGGCACGGAGGCAGAGUCUCCAGUACCACAGGCAAACAGACUGGCAGAUGGGCCAACAGACGUGCAAAUCAAUGGGCUGGUUAGCGUUCCCACCGACGACCAAUUAGAUGGGCAAUCGAAUGAGCGGGCAAAUGGAACCCGGAGAACCGCUACUUCGUUAAGUCAGCCGCGUCUUUUAUCGACACACUCGAAGCUCAGGACAUUCAGAGUCUUGACUGGCAUUGAUACACCUGCAGGCCUCGCUACGGCCAGUCUAGUCCGUCGACCAGCGUCUAAUGUUGGCAUAUAUACCCGCGUCGUCAACGCUGAAGCUCGUUAUAAACGGGAAUACCGCUUUUUUACGCUCCUAAUAAGUUGUUGCUUGGGGAUACAGGUGAUCGUCGCUGCAGCACUGACAGCCUUGGGCGCUGGGAACGGUCCGCGUGUUUUGGUUACUAUAUUCGGAGCAGUUAAUACUGGUAUUGCUGGGUACUUGACAUAUUUGAAAGGGUCUGGCCUGCCGAAUAGAAAGCGCUAUCACCAGUCGCAAUAUGCCAAGAUAAGGCAGCACAUUGAACAGAGAGAACGCGACUUUUGCCUGGAAAACUGUGAGCUUGACGUUCAUGAGGAGAUCCGGCAUAUUCAACACCUGUACGAAGAAGUUCAAGAAGAUGUGGAGGCGAAUACCCCAGAAAGCUUCUCCGGCGUAAAAAGAUUCCAAGCAAAUCAACCAGUUCUCCCCUUACCGACAAUUAAGAAUGAAAAAGAUGGAAUUUCAGGGAAAGAGGCACUGAACAAUGGAGUCAGUAUUCCUUCACCUGUAUUGAAGGCAGGAGCUGCACCCUAG